AUGCGUUCUCAAGCGCUCAUCUCUGAGGUGGUCUUCAACGUCAACUCUAUCGUCGCCGCACUCUUCACGCGCGGAAGAGAUGAGGGAUUCCAUUGGAUGCUUGCCCUUCCUGGCGCUGGAGAGGAGCCUGAGGAGCCUGGUGCAGACCUGAAGCUUCACGUCAAUAAUCCUAGGGGCAGAUGGCAGUUCCAGGCUGGUGACCACAACCUCCCACAGUCUGAAACACUGUGCACGGUCAUAAGGAUCGGUUCACGGGGAAUGACUACCCCCGCGCAAAUCCGCAGAAUCGUCGAAGGGAUCGGUAUGAAUGUGGUCCCUGAAGUCGACCGCCGUCGGGAGGAGAGGUUCACCUGUCGUGUUUGGUUUAGGGAAGCCAUACGUCGCCUCGUUGAGAAUAACAUUCUUCAUUGUCUGGAUGUUGAUGCAUUGGAAGCUGAGCUCAUAUCGUUGUCGAGCCCUAGUGCAGAGGGUGUCCUAGCAGGGACCGGAAAAUAUACUAUACAUAUUGCUGCAAGCUGCUUUUGA